AGGCACGGACUGGGUUGCGUUGCGUCUCGCCUCGUUGGCGGAGAGCUGGCGAUUGCCGCAAUGGCGGCCCACGUUGUGUGGAAGUACCGGGACAACACAGAGCAGGGAUCGGAGCAGUGGGCCACCCUCGUUCAGUUUUCCAAUGGAAAGCUUACAAAUUCAGAAAAUGUGGGAUUUCGACUACAUAAAAAUAUUCAUAAAAAUAAUCCCCGGAAGAAGCAUCAACUGAUCUUGUCUGCUGAAACAGACAGGCUGACGUACGUUGGAAAUAAUUUUGGACAAAGCGCUCUCAAGUGUAACUCACUAUGCAAGUAUUUUGUUGGCGUGUUAAAUAAAAGUACUGGGAAGAUGGAAGUGCACAACGCUCAGCUGUUUAACAUGCAGCCCUUCUUUCCUGGUGAAUCUGUGACUGAAGAAAAUACCAAUGAGAAGCAAUUCUCUUAUCGUGAGAAGGUGGACUCCCUUAUUGAAGCGUUUGGUACCAUCAAGCAGAAACAUGCCCUGAACUCUCGCAGAUUGAAUCAGGUUGGGAAUGAGACAUUGCAGGAGGCUGUGGCCAAAGCAGCAGAAAACAUCAUUGAUAAAAAAGGAAUCUCAGCUUUGGCCAAUGAAUCAUCUCAGUUUGAGUCACAGGACACAUCAGUCUUUCUUCCGCCUUGCCAUGCCGAUGCAGACAAGCCUGAGGAUGUUUACAGGUUUGAGGACAUCAUUUCAACUACUGAGUAUCAAGCAAUCAAGCCAUACUGCGAACCACUGAAGGUUAGCACUGCAGAAGAAAUUCAUCAGUUGACACAAACUGGCAACUACUCAACUUUUAUUCUGGAAUCACUUAAAUCAUUACCUCAAGAUGAGGAAAGUCGUGAUCAUAAGAUUCACUGCCUGUUUUAUCUUCAGAUUCUGAUCAAAUUACACAACUUUAAAAAGCAUGAAUUCAAGCACAAAGAUUCCCUUGGGAGUGAUGUUGCAGAUGUUGUAAAAAACAGUUUGAUGAAAAAUUUCACCGUAUUGACUUACAACAAUGGACGUGUGAAAAAUACAAUCCCAGUCUCCAUGAAAGCUAAGAUAGUAGCAUAUAUUAUUGCAUUGGCUUUACACAUUCACAAUUUUCAAAUUGACCUCACGCUCCUGCAGCAAGAUUUGAAAAUCAGUGAGAACAAAAUUUUGGACAUUGCAAGAGCGAUGGGUUUAAAAGUUGGAAAGACAAAAGUGAAUAUUUCUGGUGGUGUUGCAAAGGACCAUAAAAUGGCUUCUCUUUCAUUACCAUUGGUGGUGCAAAGUAGAACUCGUAGGAAAAGAAAGAAAAUGACGUAAAAAAAAAACCAAUAUAAUUCAAUUUGGAAACACGAGGGAAUCUGCAGAUGCUGGAAAUUCAAGCAAUACACACAAAAAUGCUGGUGAACACAGCAGGCCAGGCA